ACAAGAAUGAGCUGGCCCUGGGUGCCCCAUGUCCGAUGGGUGCAGGACUCAUGCCUGCGUCCCCUGUCUCCCCGCAGCAGAGUGCUGUGCCCGAAGUUCCUGCCACCUUCCUCCCCAGAAUGACCCAGCUGAGCCCAGGACUGGCUCAGGGCACCCAGCCAGGCUCGCUGCUAGCCCCCAAGGCAGAGCGGCUGUCCCCCACCUCAGCAUGCGGCAGCGAUUGGCCCAAUCCUGGCCAGGCCUCCCCAGGACCCACUGCAGGGCUGGGCGCUGGCAUCUCCCUGCAGCACCCCAUGUCCCGUCGGGGCAGGCCUGAGUCCAGCAAGAUGGAGAGCCGCCGCAUCACACACAUCUCUGCCGAGCAGAAAAGACGCUUCAACAUCAAGCUGGGCUUUGACACGCUGCACAGCCUGGUGAGCACGCUGAGCACCCAGCCCAGCAUCAAGGUCAGCAAGGCCACCACCUUGCAGAAGACAGCCGAGUACAUCUGCAAGCUGCAGCAGGAGCGGGCAGCCCUGCAGGAUGAGGCACAGCAGCUGCGGGAGCAGAUCAAGGAGCUCAAUGGCUCCAUCAACCUGUGCCAGGAGCAGCUGCCAGCCACGGGGGUGCCCAUCACGCGCCAGCGCUUCGACCAGAUGCGCAGCAUGUUCGACGAGUACGUCCGCUCCUCCACACUGCAGAACUGGAAGUUCUGGAUCUUCAGUAUCAUCAUCCGGCCCCUCUUCGAGUCCUUCAACGGCAUGGUCUCCACAGCCAGCAUGGAGAGCCUCACCCAGACUUCUCUUGCCUGGCUGGACCAGCACUGCUCCCUCCCAGCGCUUCGGCCAACCGUCCUGAGCUCCCUGCGGCAGCUGAGCGCUUCUACCUCCAUUCUGAGCGACCCGGCCCGCAUUCCUGAGCAGGCGACGCGGGCAGUGGCAAGGAUGGGCCGUGGCGGCGGCUCCUCCUAG